AUGGGAAAAAUCUAUCCCAUGCCGACUUAUCAAGUCAAAUCUGAUCCUUUCUUGCCUUAUUCUGAUCAGCUUCUGAGAUCCAAAGUUCCUUUGAUCAUCGAUAAUGGUUCUUAUCAAUGCAAAGCAGGAUGGGCAACUGACGAAAAACCACCUCUGGUGUUCAGAAAUCUUGUUGCCAAGCUUCGUGGGAAAAAGGAAAAUGAGACCCACAUAGGAAAUGACAUAAAAAAUAUUGAGGUCGUCCGAUGGCUGUCGAAGACACAAUUCGACAAAAACGUUGUGACGCAAUUCGACAUUCAGGAGAGCAUCUUUGAUUACAUCUUCAACCACUUAUGUAUCAAUACCGAGGGCCGCGUAGACCAUCCCAUCAUCCUGACAGAACCUGUUUGCAACCCUAAUUAUUCAAGGCAAUUAAUGUCAGAACUACUUUUUGAAUGCUACAAUGUUCCACAAGUUGGAUAUGGCAUUGAUUCCCUCUUCAGCUUCUACAAUUAUAAUUAUAAGCCUAAAGGUGUGUAUGGGCUUGUUGUGUCCUUGGGGCACACUGCCACCCAUGUGUUGCCUGUUGUGCGUUCGAAGUUUGAUGUCCGGAAUGCCAAGCGCAUAAAUGUGGGAUCACAGCACAUGGUCAACUUCCUCCAACGCCUGUUGCAACUGAAGUACCCAGUUCAUUCUUCGGUCAUCACUCCCAGCCGUACAGAGAGCCUGAUUCAUGAGCACAUGUAUGUCAGUACCUCUUACAUGGAAGAUAUUCAUAAAUGGGAAAAUGAAGCUUAUGUCAAAAAUAAUACCCAUAUUGUUCAACUUCCCUAUGCUACAUUGCCAGGAUCAUCAACCAGCAAUAGCAGCAAAAUGGAGAAAUGUCAAGCUCUGCUGAAACGUGUCCAAGCCAUGAGGCUAAAGCAACGGGCCGAAAAGCUUUCCUUUGAUGAAGAGAGGCUGCAAGAAUACUUAACUGUUCAGGAGCUGCUAGAAGAAGGAGACGACGAAGCAAUUUUGGCUCUUCAAGAUCUGGGUUACUCUACUGCCGCAGAGUUGCAAGCAGGCAUCAAAAAGUUGAAUUGUAUUGUGAGAAAAACGAAAAACUUGAUUGCAUCGCAGCAAGAUGAAUCUCAGGAUUCUCCGCUGAGAAACUGGUGUGAAGAGUUAAGUCUCAGGAACUUUACUGAUGCAGAAUCCUGGAUCAAUGAUGUGAAGCAGAAAAGGAAGGAAGUGUCUGAAGCCCGCCAGAAGCUGUCCUCGGACAGGCUCAAGAGCACUCACAUAGGGGGAUUCAGUUCUACUACAGCCAAUGACUUAUUUGGAGGCGUUUUUGCUGAUCCAGUGGAAAUGCAAUCCAUUCAACAAUAUACUAUGGAGUUAGAGGAAAAAAAGGAACAGAUAAAGAUCCUUGAUGAGAUAUUAUCUGAAUAUAGUAGAGAAUUUUCAAAGUGUGAAACAAAUUUUUCUUUUAAUUUUGCUGAGUAUUACCAACUCCAUUUGGGUCUGGAAAGAAUUAGGGUCCCAGAGAUUCUGUUUCAACCAACUAUGAUCGGAGUGGAGCAGGCUGGUCUUGCCGAGACGAUUGAAACUGUCCUGGCGAGGUAUAAUGCCAGUGACCAGCAGAAACUGGCAGAGAACAUUUUCGUGACAGGUGGAUGUGCUGGCCUGCCAUUUAUUCGGGAGAGAAUUGAGGCUGAAGUAAUGGCAGUGCGUCCUUUCCAAUCCAAGUUUAAAGUUUUCCUUGCAGAGGACCCUGUGUGCGAUUCCUGGAAGGGCGCCAGGCGCUGGGCCUUGAGUGAUGACAACCUGUGGAAGUGCUCUGUGAAUCGGGCCGAGUACGAGGAGAAAGGGGGAGACUACCUGAAGGAACACUGGUGCUCUAACCACUAUGUCUAUCUGCCCAUCGGGCAGAGGAGGGCCCCGCAAGUAGGGACAGCCAUCCUACCAGAAAAUGACAGUUGACCGAACUGUUUUAAUUUUUCUGUUGAAAUGAAAUGUGUUAUGUGACUUAUUUGGAAUAAUACUUUCUCCUGUUUCCAAAAAUGCAAGGACACAUAACUCUGCCAAUCUGUGCUACAAAAUAAGGGUUUCAGUUAAAUACAGUAAGCUCCCUAUUUUCUGCUGGCGGCUUAUCCACGGUACUAUGGACUAUCCAGGGCUGGAUUUGGAAGUGUGGAGGCC